GAGAUUUUUAAAAUUAACUUAUUAAAUAUUUAACUAUUUUUUUUCCAGAGAAUUUUCCUCAAAAAAAAAUAAAAUAAAAAAAAAAAAAAUUCCAGAAGUGCAACUAGUUCUCCACAAAAUAAGUGAGGGGUUUUGCGGAGGUUUAUCGUCUCUUCAACAUUCUUCUUCCGCUGUCUGCCGCAUUUGUUUCUCUAUCAUUUCUAGCAAUUGGGUAUUUUUGAAUUGAAAACUUGAGAUUGAAAUUAGGGUUCUUCAUCAAUUUUAGGGUUUUAAUAUGGGUUCUUCUCGAAAUCGAUUGAAACGAGCUCCGGAGUCUGAUAGCGACAUGGGUUCUGAAGAAGAGGAUGAAUUUAUGAACCAGGUUAGUGGAGAUGAAUUUGAGGCAUCGGAUGAUGAUUCAGAUGGAGAGGAAAUUGAGGAGAGUGAUGGCGAAAGCGAGGACGAUACCGAAGGCAGUGAAGAAGAAGAAGAAGCUGAUGAUGAUGAUGUUGGUGUGUUAAGUGCUGGAAAGAAGGAUGAUGAAAUGGAGGAGCUUGAGAAAGAGUAUAGGGAACUUCAAAAUAUGGAGCAGAGUUUGAUUCAAAAUUUGAAGCGACACAAGGAUGAAGAUCAUGUGAAGGGGCAAGCUAUUAAGAACCAGAAGGCUCUUUGGGAUAAGGCCCUUGAGCUCAGGUUCUUAUUACAGAAACCGUAUUCUAAAUCAAAUAAGCUACCACAGGAACCAAUUCGGUCAUCAUUCUGUGAGGCAGAUGAAGAUGUCUCUGCUGCAUAUUCAGAUCUCAUUGCAUCAUCUAGUGAAGCAAUAGAAUCCCUUGUGCAAUUACAGGAGGCUCUGCUUGAGAAUAAUCCUUCCAUUGUUGAAGCCACAGAAGGAUCUCUUAAAUCUUCUGAGGAAGUUGAAAAUAUUGAUGGUAAUAAAGAGAUAGAAUGGUUACAUAUAUCUCAAGCGCAGUCAAGAGUAGCACCAUUCAGAAAUAAGUCAGUAGAUAAAUGGCAGAGAAAAGCGGAUGUCCACAGUGGUGCUGCUGCAAAGAAAGUAAAAUUGUUGGCCUUUAACCAGAAUAUAAGUGACCAAGUGGCAAUGUACAUGAGGGAUCCAAGUAAAAUGAUUAAAAGUAUGCAACAGAGAAGAGAAGCUGUUAAUGUCUUUGGCACUGUUGGUAAGCAGGCUGACAACACCAUUGAGGAGGGAAUCAUUGAGGGAGACCCUGAGCUUCUGGACGACUCUGAAUUUUAUCAACAAUUGCUGAAGGAGUUCUUUGAGACAAUUGACCCAUCAUCCUCCGAGUCAGCAUUUUAUGCUUUGAAAAGGCUACAAACCAAGAAAAGGAAAGUGGUAGACCGCCGAGCUUCCAAGAGCCGUAAAAUCAGGUACCAUGUCCAUGAAAAAAUUGUCAAUUUUAUGGCCCCUGAACCAACAAAUCUCCCCCCUAUGGCUCCCAAGUUAUUCGAGAAUCUGUUCGGGUUAAAAACCCACAAACCUACGUCUGCUGCGUAGAAUAUUUAAGUUCACUUUACACAGGAUAGCGCCCCAUAUAUUCAGCCUUUAUCCUUAUUUUUUGUGAGUUAACAAUUUAAUUUAGCAAUGGGAAAGUUUAUUUAUAAGCUAAACUUGCUUGUGCUUUUGAAAUUUUGUUUUGAUUUGCUUGCUGCAGUGCUGGGCUUCAGAAUCAUGUAUAAUCAUAACUUUAACAGCAAGUAAUUACACUAAUUAUUACAGAGUAGUGUUUUUGGUUCAAUUAAAAAAAUAAUUAUUUAA